UUUUGUUUACAUUAUUAAAUGUCGAUCUAAGAUGUACUGGUAUGCACGUAAAAAGCCUGUAAAAAGUAUGUAAAAGUCGUUUCAAACAGAUUUGUCAACAAAUCGAAGAAAAUGGAAAUUGAUGUGAUGUAUCAGUUUCACUCGGUCAAAAAGGAAAUUCUGGACCCACCUUCGGAUAUUGCUUAUGAAACAAUUAAAACGGAACCAAUAAAAGAAAAACUUUUGAUUGAUUCAGGUCAUAUCGUACCAGUCGACUUCGAUAAACCCGAGCUAACUGCUGAGAAACAAAGUCAAACUUAUGUGAAAGAACCAUCAUAUAUGUGCCACUUGAUUCCGAUAAAGAAUGAAUGUAUAGAACCGCCAUUAGAUAUAAAACCUGAAUUUGUUGAAGAAGAGCCCCGUAUCGACAUGAAUGGGACUGAAAUUGACCCCUUAAACACCGCAGAAUAUGAGAUCGUUGAGAUUGUGGAAAACAAGAAAUGUCGAGCCAUGGAUCCAAAUGUAAAGGUACGAUCAGACUAUGGCAGGACCCGGUUCACAUCAUAUAAUCUUUGGAGCAACGAAAAGCGACAAGAAUUGCUAUCGACUCAUCCUCAUUUAAACUUCGGCGGCAUUUCUAGUAAAUUGGCGGAGAUGUGGAAGAAUGAAAAACCAAAUAUAAAAUACAAUUUUAAGCGACGAGCUAAACGACUAAAUAUAAAUAUUAAAAAAAUUUGGACGAAUUGUGAGGAUGUACAUGCUGAAAACUGAACAAUUUGAUUUCAUUUUCUAUAUUGGUAAAGUCACUAAAACGGAUUUAUGAAACCGAGAGAUAAAUGAACAAUUUGAAUACAUAAAUCAUUAAAUUCGUGACGAGCCUGUUAAAUAUACAUACUUAAGUUGCUUGAAUAACAAGAGGAUGUGUUUCGA